ACCUGCCUACGGUACCUCCGUAGAACUACCGGCUAAGCGCUGUAUUGUUGCGCCGCCCUCCGAAACAAGCCCCCCCUGUCGCAGGUAGGACGUCGCAUUUUCCGGUCGCAGGACCCUCCUCUCCCCGGCGCGCCGGGCGGGUGCUCCACUAAAACUUUUCGGAUAGCUUCAGUUUCUAGUCUGACAAAGCGUCCGCGGCCCAAUUGAAACCACAACCAUCCGCCGCGAAGAGAGCACCCGGCUACUUCCUUCUUGUUCCUCUUGCGUGCAUCCGAGCCGCAUCCCGAAACUGCGAUACCCCGACCAUGGCCUCCUUCGCGAGAGGCCUCGGCCUGGGCCUCUCCCUCCUGGCCCCGAGAGCCGCCCCCCUCUGCGCGACACCGCAGCCCCUCCAGCCUUUCUCCCGACGCUUCUUCGGCUCCAUCGCCGCCUUACGGCACGCCGCGAAACCUCCCUCCCCCUCUUCCCCCCGUAUAGCCGCAAGCCUCCCUCGCGCCGCGACCGCCCCGAAGACCCUGACGCCGAAACCGAAACCGACCGCCCCGGGCCCGACGAGGACCGUCUCCCCCGCCGCCGCGGUGUCGUCCGCCGGCUCCGCCUACGCACUGACGGCGCAGCUCGCGCAGCGCAGCCAGCCGACGGUGCUGUACGAGGCCGGCUCGCACUUUUGGAUGAAGCUCUCGGCCUGGGCCGCCAUGCUCAUGUUCUACUCGUACGCCGGCAUCAACUACUACACCAUGCUCCUCCACCCGCCCGAGGACAUCGCCGCCUGGGUCCCGCAUGCCUUCGCCGUCAUCUGCCUCGCCAUGGCCGGCUUCGGCUCUUACUUCUUCUACAACACCCGCAACAUUGUCCGCCUCGUCCGCGCCGUGCCCACCGCCCUCCUCGCGCCAAACGCCCGCGGCCUGGCCUCCGGCGCCGCCGCCGUCGCGCUGAACCCCAAGACGACCCCGAUCCACCUCGAGAUCACCUGCAAGCGCAUGCUGCCGGGCCGCGCCAAGGUCCUCGUCGUCCCGCCCCAACAGGUCUCGAUGCCCGGCCGCAUCAUCGCGCAAACGGCGUCGUCGCACGCGUCGCCGGCGCAGGAGCGCGCCGCUGCCCGGCGGGAGCAGGCCCGCGCCCGCGCCGAGUGGGAGUACGACAAGGACCACCUCAUGACAGUGCCGUUCCGCCACGCCGGCAAGGGCUUCCGGGCCGCGUGGUACGGCAUCAGGAGGGCCGUCACCAGGGAGGGGUUCAUGCAGAUGGAGGUCGGCGGCCAGAAGCUCAAGCUCGAUGUUGCGUCCGGGUGGGCGCUCGAUGACGGGCGCGCCAUCGACCGCCUGGUCAAGAUCGGGGCUUGAUAUGCCCAUUGAGAGGAGGCUGGUUCUCUCUCCGAGGAGUUAACGAGCCCCCGCGUCGUGUUUCCUCGGGCGGCGAAUGUAAAACUACUGUAUCAUGGUCUUGGAUGUCGACAUAGAUGUGCUCUCGAGCAUAGUCGUAGAAAAGGCGAGGGGGCUACGCUCACCACACCACGAGCACCUGUAGCUUGUGGAAAGGGAGCAAGGGAGGGAGUCUCUUCACAACAGAUGGGCCGUAGAGGGCCUCUUGUAGAGUAUGGGUAGAUUCACAGCCAUCCAGAUAUCACAGACGAAUAUAAAAUUGACAAGCACUCCUGUGUGUGGCCUUUCAAACGAG